UGUUGUCAAACUAUAACAUAACGUCACAAGGAAAUCGAAACAAUAAAACUAUUCAAUAUUUAGAGAAUAAGCUACGAAUUAUUAUUAAAAAAAAUAAAAAUAACAAAGUAUUACUUGAUAUUAAUUUAUAAGACAUAGAAUUUUUUAAUUGAAAAUGGGAAAUUAUACUGAAGAUCAAAUAGCUGAAUUUCAAGAAGCAUUUAACCUAUUUGAUAACCGUGGGGAUGGCAAAAUACAAUUAAGUCAAGUUGGCGAAUGUCUUCGGGCUUUAGGUCAAAACCCUACAGAGGCAGAUGUUAAAAAGUGUACUCAUCAGCUAAAAGCAGAUGAAAGAAUACCUUUUGAAGUGUUUUUACCAAUUUAUCAAGCUAUAUCUAAAGCACGUUCAGGAGAUACGGCUGAUGAUUUUAUAGAAGGAUUAAGACAUUUCGAUAAAGACGCAAGCGGAUUUAUUUCAUCGGCAGAAUUAAGGCAUUUAUUAACCACUUUAGGAGAGAAAUUAACUGAUGAAGAAGUUGAACAAUUGCUUGUUAAUCAAGAAGAUUCUCAAGGAAAUGUUAAUUAUGAAGAAUUUGUCCGUAUGGUAAUGAGCGGAUAAAAUUAUUUCAUGUUGAAUAAAAAAAAAUCAAACAAAUUACUUUCAUAAUUAAACAUGUUUUAUGAAACAUAUUAUUUAAUAAUUAAAAAAAAUAACCUUCCAUUUUGGUAGUAUUAUAAACAAAUUUUUAUUAUUUUUUUUUAUACAUAAUUCUAUGCGUCAGUUUCGGAACUUUUUUUUAUAUGUUUAUAUGUACAUACAUGUAUAAUUAUAUAUUUAAUGUAUAUUGCGAUUUUUCUAAUAAACGUUUAUAAUUCGUUUUCAAA